GUCACAUCCCAUACGACCCGUCCCGUUACCGUGGGAAGUAAUCCAGGCACCCCCAAAGAGUUCGCAUAUUUGACAUCGCCAAUGACCUUAAGUAGGGCAUGGCUAACUUUGCUCUACUUACAUCCGUCACUUGAUGCUGGGACCUAUCCCAUCACGCUUGUCUCUCCUUACUUUCCUCCUGGCUAUGCAAACGCCACCGACCAUGGGCGGGUGGUGGAUGGCCGUCCUGGUGGCUGCCACUGUUGGGACCUCCACGGUGAAUGCGGCUUCCCGAGACCAAUGGGUCGGCCGGUCCGUCUACCAGAUCGUCACCGAUCGCUAUGCCCGUUCCGACAAUUCCACCACCGCCGCCUGCAAUGCCGGCAUGGGCACCUACUGUGGAGGCUCCUUCCAGGGUAUCAUCAACAAGUUGGACUACAUCCAGGACCUGGGGUUCGAUGCGAUCUGGAUCUCUCCGGCUCAGACUCAAGAGUCAACCCGCACGGCGGAUCUCUCAGCAUACCAUGGGUACUGGCCAAAUGACCUGUAUUCCAUCAACUCCCACUUCGGCACUCCCGAUGAGCUGAAAAAGCUGUCGUCCGCGUUGCACGCGCGUGGAAUGUACCUGAUGCUGGACAUCGUCGUCGGGGACCUGGCCUGGGCUGGAAACUCCAGCACGGUCGACUACAGCACGUUCAACCCAUUCAACGAUGAGAAAUAUUUCCACCCCUUCAGGCUGCUCUCUUCCGACCCCACGAACGAGACCUGCGUUCUGGACUGCUGGAUGGGAGACACCGUCAUCUCGCUUCCCGACCUGCGAAACGAGGACACACAAGUCCAGCAGAUGCUGGGCACAUGGGUUUCGGAGUUCAUCUCGAACUACUCCAUUGAUGGGCUUCGCAUCGACAGUGUCUUGAAUAUUGCCCCCGACUUCUUCUCGAACUUCACCAAGAGUGCGGGGGUUUUCACUCUCGGCGAGGGCGCCACGAACGAUGCGGCCGAUAAUUGCCCGCUGCAGCCCAGCCUGAGCGGACUGUUGAAUUAUCCGUUGUAUUAUAUCCUCACGGACGCCUUCAACACGACCAACGGGAACCUGAGCACGAUCGUCCAGUCCAUCGAUUACAUCAAGCAGCAGUGCGAGGACGUCUUCGCCUUGGGAACCUUCACCGCGAACCAGGAUGUCCCGCGCUUUGGCUCGUACACUUCGGACCUAUCCCUGGCUCGCAACAUUCUCACGACCGGCAUGCUCGCUGACGGCAUCCCCAUCCUCUACUACGGCGAAGAACAGCACCUUACAGGGGCAUUCAACCCCGUCAACCGGGAAGCCCUCUGGCUCACCAACUAUUCCAUGAGUUCGACCUCACUCCCCUCCCUCGUGCAAUCCCUCAACCGCAUGCGCACCUACGCCAGCGGGGCCGGCCAGAACUACACGCUUUCCUCACAGUCCGGGACCAACUACCUCUCGUACGUCUCACUGCCGAUCUUCAACUCGACCAACAUCCUGGCCAUGCGCAAGGGGUACGCGGGCAACCAGGUGGUGAGCGUCGUAUCCAACCUGGGAGCCAAGCCCGCCACCCAAGCCACGACCAAGAUCACGCUGGACGCCUCCGGCACCGGAUUCCAGUCCCGGCAGAAUGUCACCGAGAUCCUGUCGUGCACGACGUUUGUCACGGACGGAAGCGGAAAUCUGCCCGUCGACCUCAGCUCGGACGGCGGUCCGCGCGUGUUCUAUCCCACGGACAGCCUGAACCGGAGCACGGAGAUCUGUGGCAACCAUACGGCGAGUCGCUCGGCGGCGUCUUCUGUUAGCCCGAAGGCGUCCACUGGGGCGGAGUCUUCGCUGUUCAGUUUGCCGUUGGAGAGGAGGGCUUUGCCUGUUACUGUUGCGGUGGCUACAUCUUACUUGCUCAUUUGAUCUGAUUUUGUUCCUCAUUCUGGUUCUGAUUCCCACCCUGGUCCUCUGGACCAACACCCACACUCCUUUCGGCUGCGCUUUUCCUUUCUGCUUAUGUCUUCACGUUUCGUGACACGCUUUAAUUUUGAUUUCGAAUCUGCCUGCUGUUAUUUUGUUCGGAUGGUUUCUGAAACCGUGGCUUGACUGCCACCUCCCUGCCUAGAUAGACGAUAUACACUCUGGCUUGGUUUUAUUGCGAUAAUAUCAUACGGGGCGCAGCGUCCUUUGUUCCAUGUUUCA